GCUUUAAGGAACCACAAGAUUCAGGUAAACCAAUUCUACUUUAUAAAUUAUAACUAUCAAUAUUUUAGUACAAAAAUGUUGUAAUUUUGCCUUGGACCUAGCGAGGCACGGUUCUAUCUUGACCUAAUCUACAUUUAUGCAUGCAGAUGAAACCGAGUAUAGAAUUUGGUACAAAGAAGACUACUAUACCAAACAACGGUUCUUCUGAACAAAUUACGUCUCAGAUUUGGUCCAAAUCUGGAAACUGUCCCAAAGGGACAAUACCGGUUCGUAGAGUUAGUAGAGAAGACAUAAGCAGAGCCUCUUCACCGUCUCAUUUUGGGAGAAAAACUCCUCACAGAUAUAGCUUUCUCGACAAGGCACUUCAACACAAGGGUAAUUUCAAUAUAACAGCUGAAAAAAUAACUCAUGCCCGCCCAAAGCUUCGAUCGGAGGCCGUCCUUAUCGCCUUAGGGUUCAAUUUUAUUGGAGCUCAAUCCGAUAUAAAUGUAUGGAACCCUCCAAGGGUUCAGGCUAGCGAUUACAGCUCUGCUCAGAUAUGGCUUCUUGGUGGCCUCUCAGAUACUUUUGAAAGCAUAGAAGCUGGUUGGGCGGUGAAUCCACGCGUUUUCGGAGACUCCCGCACACGUCUCUUUACCUAUUGGACUAAAGAUGGAUACACUAAAACAGGGUGCGUCAACCUCUUAUGCGCGGGUUUUGUGCAAACAACUACUAAGUUUGCCUUGGGUGCAGCAAUAGAACCUGUUUCGACUACCUCGCAAAAACAACAUUACAUCACCGUCAGCAUGUUCUUGGAUCCAAACAGCGGGAAUUGGUGGUUGACUUGUGCAAAAAACGUAAUAGGUUAUUGGCCGGGGACACUCUUCACCUACCUUAAACAUAGCGCAACCGCUGUGCAGUGGGGUGGAGAAGUACAUAGCCCUAAUGUGGGGAAGAAGCCACAUACGAGAACUUCAAUGGGGAGUGGACAAUGGGCAUCUUACCUCUGGGCCCAAGCUUGUUACCACACCAACAUUAGGAUCAAGGACUAUUCCAAGCAGAUCAAAUACCCCACGUAUCUCUCCGAGUACGCUGAUGAGUACGACUGUUAUUCGACAAAGCUCCACCGGAAAACAUAUAUGUCAGAGCCCCAUUUUUACUUUGGAGGACCUGGCCAAAAUUCUCGUUGUCCUUAAUCUUCUGUUGAAUUUGUCGAUGUUCAGUCUCUUUUUUGUUUUUCCUAUGUUGGAGUUACAAACGUCCAAAGAUGAAGAUGAUGACGUUUUGGAAUCUUAGAAUUUUAGUUCCAAACUUUUCGUUUUAAUUCUCUUUCAAUCGAUCUUAUGAGGAAAACAUUGUUUAAUCUAGUUAAUUUCGGUCAAAUUCAUAAAAUUAAGGGUAUAAU